UCCCACCUCACCAUCCUCGUCCGCAAGCUCCGGUUGCCGGUGGGUGGCAAAUGGCUUGAUGAAUACAUGGAUGAAAGCUCAAGGCUCUGGGAUGCAUGCCAUGUCCUUAAAUCCGCCAUUUCUGGAAUGGAGAACUAUUACUCUGCUGCUUCCAACAUUGCUUCUUCUUUGGAUGGUUAUCACUAUCUCUCUCCCGAGCAUUCACGCCAGGUUAUUAGAGCAAUAAAUGUUUGUCAAAGGGAGAUAGUGGGAUUGGAAGAAGAAAACAAGAGCCUAUUAGAAACAAGGAUUCAAGCAUUGUCACAAUGUGUGAACCAGAACAUCUGCAUGGAAUCAAAGUUGAAUGGAUUCAGUGGAUUCCGUGGAGUUCUCUAUGCAAUGAGGAGUGUUAGCUCAUUGCUUCUCAUGAUCCUUCUCUCUGGCCUUGCUUACUGUUGCUCUUCCUCUUGCUUCCACCACCAUGACCACAACAUGGUUUUGGGUUCAGGGUUUAUGGUUUCCAUGGCCUUAUUGAAGCAGAAAGUAGCAGAGGAAAUAGACCAGCCUGGGAUUCUCAUGUUUGAGUUGCAGCAAGCUAAGGGUGCAAUGGAGGAAUUGAAGAUGGAGUUGGAGAGAGGUGGUGAGAUCCAAGUGAAAGUAGAGAACAUCAAGAGUUGCUUUGGAUUGUUGAGAUGUGGUGUUGAGACUCUUACUGGACAACUUGAUGAUUUCUUUGAUGACAUUGUUGAAUGCAGGAAGAAGCUUUUGGAUAUCUGCACUCAAAGAUAGUUAUUAGUUUCAUACAUUAUUAUUAUUAUUCAUAUAUUUAUAUAUAAUAUAUGCGCAGCCAUUGCCAAACAUGAAAUAAAAACUAUGUUUUCUUCUUAA